UUGAAACGUCAAAAAUUAAUAAUAAAUGUCAAGUGAGUAAUCAAAUUGAUUAUUUCAGUUUUUGUUGUUAAUUAACAUUUGACCUAAACAGUGAUAUUACACAUUUGUUAAAAUGGCCAAUGUUGACGAAAGCAGACUGCGCCAGUGGCUCUCCAAGUAUCACAACCCUGAAGUAACCCUUCGAGAUGUCUUAAACGCUGUGAAUCACUACCAGGGGCUCCUCCCCUUUCACGAAUAUUACACCUUCACUGAUGGUUCCACCAUGGAAUUGGUAAAUUUGACGGGCACCAUCCCGGUCACUUACAAGGGCAACACUUACAACAUCCCGAUUUGCAUCUGGUUAAUGGACACGCACCCCAAAAACGCCCCCAUUUGCUACGUCAAACCCACCGCAGACAUGUCAAUAAAACCGUCAAUGUUUGUGGACCAAAACGGCAAAAUAUACCUUCCGUAUCUCCACGAUUGGAAGACCCAUGAUGGGACGUCGGACCUCCUGGGUCUGAUUCAAGUCAUGAUUGUGACAUUUGGGGACCAACCCCCUGUUUUUGCCCGUCCGAAGGACACUGACAUGCCCUAUCCCACUAAUUUUGUAGCUUUCAUGCCUGGGGGGAGUUACAUGCCUCCAUAUCCCCCCACGUCCUACCCUCCAACUUCCGGCUUUGGGGGCUAUCCUCCGUACCCCCAAUCGAGCAAUUUGCCCUAUCCGAGUUACAAUGCUUAUCCUAGUCCUUAUCCGCCGUACAGUGGGGGCGCAUACCCCGGGCCUUCGCCCGCUGUGGGGGGCACAGGAACCAUAAAAGACGAGCACAUAAGGGAGUCUUUGUUGACCGCAAUUGAGGAGAAAUUGAUGAGAAGAAUGAAAGAGUUGUUUCAACAGAAUCAAGCCGAACUUGAGACGUUACAAAGGACACAAGAGGAGCUCAAACAAGGCAAGACGAAAUUAAACACGAUUUUGAGUAGGCUCGAGAAAGAAAAAAGUGAUUUGAAUAAAAAUAUCACGUUGUUGAAAGACAAGGAACAAGAGUUGGAUAAAGCGAUCGAAAGGUUGAGUAAUGAGGAAGAGAUCGAUGUUGAUGAUGCUGUGACGACUACAGCGCCCUUGUACAAACAGUUGUUGAAUGCGUUUGCCGAGGAAGCCGCUUUAGAGGAUGCAAUUUAUUACAUGGGGGAGGCCUUAAGAUGCGGUGUUAUUGACUUAGAUGUGUUUCUUAGACAAGUUAGGACUUUGUCUAGGAAGCAGUUUAUGCUGAGGGCCUUGAUGCAAAAGUGUCGUCAAAAGGCUGGACUUGCUGUUUAAAUUUUAUCACUUUUUAUGUAUGUUACACAGUGAAUUAUGUUAUCUUAUAAUAUUCAUUAAUACUUAUUAAAUAUAUAUUUAAUUA